AUGAUGGAAUCUGAGUAUACGGAGAAUGUCACGGAGGAGAAGCCGCUGUUGUCUGAACAUGCCGUGGGUAUCACGAUCUACAAAGAAGAAGAGAAGCAGGAGAACAUGAUUGUGCUCAAGGUCAAGACGCUCAGUGAGAAGCCGCUGCGUGUUGAGAUCGCGUUGUCAGCUACUGUCGCGGACCUCAAGGAGCUCGUGAAGGAAAAGGCGCACGCAGAAGAUAAAUUUCUGCGUCUGAUUCAUCAGGGAAAAAUGUUGUCGGACGAUGCGGUGACGCUGGCGAGCUGCAAGGUCAAGAACGAAGACUUUGUUCACUGUGCCAUGAGCUCGACCCCGUCGAAAGCUGCGGUCCAGCAGAUGAAUGCUAGUGAUAGUGAUGCUGAAGAUCGAGAGGAUCCGUCCACAAGAAGAGGCUUUGAUCGACUUCGUGACCGACUCAGCCGGGAAGAAGUUCAGGCACUACGUCUUUAUUUCUACCCACAGCUUUCGGUUUACAUCAGUCAGGCGGAACGUGUCGAUGGUGAGGGCAGUGAGGACCGGAUAUACCGUCUUGAAGAUGAGUGGAUGGCAUCACAGGGACCACAGUCUGAGUUUGCACUGAAUGUUGUGCCUACGGCACGUAUUGCAAUGGAUGCGCAGAUUGAUAUGAAUGGUAUAAACAAUUCUAUUUUAGCAGCAGAUAACGAAGGCACUGGCACUGAAUUUUUGUGGGGGUUCCUGAUGGGUCUUUUGCUGGGUGUAUUUAUGCUCCUCAUGCAAAAAGUUGGUCUACUGUUGGGCGUGAGCAUGAAUUUUUUCCUGAGCGUUGUACCUCGCGCUGUCUCCGAGCAAUAG